AUGCCAAAGUAUGAGGAGCAAGAGUCUGAUGGGGCAAGAGAGAUGUUACUCUCAACUUCUGAGCCUGAUUAUGACAUGGAACUUUCCCGCACAUCCGGCGAGCUGUAUAGAGCUAGGCGAAAUUUGCACAUGACUGCGGUUGUCGCAGGAGUAGGAUGGAUCUCACUCGCCUGUCUUCUUUCCUACAUACUUAUAUAUCCCAAUGCCUCCUGCAACUGGGUUUUACCCACACCAGUCUACUCACCCGCGAACGAGAUCCUUGAAUAUGAACUGGUUACCUUUAGCUCAGGCUUUAAAGAUGACAGAAUGAAGUAUAUGGCCGACGGAAAUCCAUCUCAGCAACUUGACGAUAAUUGGAAUGACCUAUACCAAAAGGUUGUGGAUGUCACCCCAGAGAUGGUCAGUCACGGCUUCCACGACGGCAUCACACCAAAUGAAGGUGACGAUCAGCCAGAAUGGUGGUCUGUUUAUGUGUUCCACCAGCUACACUGUGUCAACUUGCUGCGUAUGAGUCUAUAUCCAGAGUAUUAUGACCCAUCGAAAGAUCCUCUUCUACAUGUUCCUCAUCUCGAGCACUGCAUAGAGACGUUGCGCAGGUCCAUCAUGUGUAACAGCGAUGUAACGCCAUUCUCAUUUCGCUAUGUGAACGGCGUGGCGGAGACACGUGAGUGGGACCGCGCACCGCAUGUUUGCAGAAAUUUUGAGAAGAUCCGGGUAUGGGCAAAAGAUCUGCCUGGCGUUGAGAUUCCAAGUGUAACAUGA